AAUCUAUCAAGAAAUCGAUUUUAAGGAAAUUAUUUUCUUGAUGAAGGUACAGUGUGGCAAAAAAGGGCUAUUUCAAAAAUCAAGAGAGGUGCUUUAUAGGGGUGAAAUUCAAGUUUUUUAGGCUGCUAAAUUUUGUUCAGGGCUUCAGAUGCCAGAACCAAUAUUCAUAAUCGCUGUGCAAUCCCAGGAUCAGAGCCUAGAGCCAAAAUUGUCGAUGUUCCCAAAUGGGAACAUUGGGCACUAAUGGGCUUUAAACACCAACUACGUAGUACGUACGCAUAAAUUUCUCGCCUGCCUGUCUCGGUGUGCAUAAGGGUGUUUGCCGUGUGUCUUGGUAAAUCCAACGUAAAUCUAGCAUGUUUCCUUGAAGCUGUUUUUCUCAUCCAUAAUCCUAUGCGGUGACGCCACAGCUUUGAAUGAAAUGCUGCACAAAGUGCGUAAAUCACUGGCAAACAACCUCGCUGUUGAUUGUGAAAGCGGGGUAUGUGCUCGGGUGGAAGCCUCAGCGGCUCAGCAGCAGCAGCAGUCGCGUAGCGGUCGUCCGGCAGUGUGGAGAGGAGAGAUUUUGAGUUCAUAAUCAUAGCUUCCCAGAUUAGACAUCUCACAGAACAGAACAACAAUGACUGACUCGGAGGUGAUCGUAAGGAAAGCGGUCAAAGAAGACUGCGAACAAAUUCUUGGCCUCGUCCGGGAGCUGGCCGAGUACGAGAAAAUGCCCGAGUGUGUCGAGAUGACGUUGGAGACACUGCAGAACGACGGCUUCCCCUCCAACGGCCGUCCGCCCGCCUACACGUGCCACGUGCUGGACCGCGCCGGCACCCUGCUCGGCUUCGCACUGCACUUCUUCACCUACUCCACGUGGCAGGGCCUCUCACUGUACCUGGAGGACCUCUACGUAACCCCCGGAGCACGGGGUACCGGCCUGGGCAGGAGACUAAUCGCUCAGGUAGCCGGCUGGGCCGUGGACUCCGGCUGCGCGCGGCUGAACUUCUCAGUGUUGAACUGGAACGCCAGUGCAAAGGAGUUUUAUAAGAGGAUCGGUGCCGAUAAUCUGUCUGAGAAGGAGGGCUGGGAGGCUUACCGGGUCAGCGGUCGGGCGCUGAGCGCACUGGCCGACCUGGCUAGGAAGUGAUUGGUGCGAUUUUUACCGAUUACCGAUGGUUCGGUGGACAUGGAAUAUGGAUCAAAGCGGUUCGCAUUGAACAGUUCGACAUCAGCCUGUUGAAAUAACAAUUCAACAUCAACCUAUUGAAAUAUAUUACGAAGGUCAAUGACACACGACUCUCAUCGAUGAUGAAUUCCACUUAGGAUAUCGACUACAGACUACACCAGCGAGAUCGUUUAACGUUUACCGUUC